UUCGACGUGAACUCGCGAGCGGCCAACACGUAAGCGGCGCGUUGUGCAGCUGUGGAAAAAACAACAAAGAAAAUAACAACAACAACCAACUCGAUAAUAGGCAGCGGCGCAACUGAAGUGUGAAUUCAUAUUGAGGUUAUGUAACAAUUUAUAGUAAAGUCGCGAAAACAAAACGCAACUGCAUACUAAAGUCAGGUCACACGCUCACCUGGAAUAAUUCCCGAUAAUUCCAAGCACGCGCUAACUGUUCAGUUUUCAUUACGCAUUCGCAAUGGAGGACGCGAAAAUUCCGGCGCAGGCGCAGCCGCGAAGUCAUCCUUUGGAGGACGUUUCCCUCAAUGGAAACGAUGACGACAAGCAGACGCCCAAAAAUUGGGUUAAAUUCGACGACGAGGCGGACGGCGGUGAAAAAAACAAUAACAGUAACGACGGCGAUGCCACACAGCAACCACAACAACAACAGCCAAACAAGUUAGCUCUGCCGCCGCCACCGUCGGUGGUUAGUAGCAACAACAACAGGCGGGCGCGCUCGCGCAGUCCGUCGGCAGCAGCAACAACAACAACAACCACACCUGUCCAGCGACCGGCCGUUUCCUCGACCACAGCUGCGACACCGGGAGAGGUGCUGAAUCAGAAUCAGGCCCCCUUGCCGGAUGUGGCACCCGCUGUUUUGACAACCGAGAGCACGCACGUUAAUCUGAGUGCAUCCGGCAGUGGCAUUGUCAGCGGAGCAACUGCAACUGCAAGUGCGAGUGGCCCGGUACGACACACUCCCGCGCAGCUAAUAAACCAAAAAGCCACCGCUGCCCCUUCUCCAUCGGCUGCAGCGGCAUCUUCCAGCCAUCAUCAUAAUGGAGGUGGCGCCAACGGCACGGGAAUUAGCCAGCCGGCGGAUCAGGGAUCCGGGAUGCGCACAAUUGAACUGUCAACGGGUCGCAUCCGCGAGGGAUUCGCAAAUGGCGAUGUGAUUGUCACACUCCUGCCGGCCAACACCAAAUGGCCGUGGAUAACGCCUGCCAUAUUCCGGCCGGAGCUGGUGCCCGAGGAGCUGAUGGCUCAGGGUCUGACGCUCACCGUGGAGGACUAUGUGAAUGCGAUGGAGACGCUGGUGAACGACUACCGCUUCACCGUGUACAACAUCUGCUACAAGCGCAUCCUGGUCUGCUGGAUCCUGUUCGCCUUUACCGUUCUGUUGGCCCUGCUCUUCUCGGGCCUGCAGGGCGUGGCCCUGUUCGCCCUGGGCGUUGGAUGGCUCUUCCUGAACGCCGCGGCCAUCUUCCUGUGCAUGUGGGUGAAGCUGCGCCUGUCGCGCGGGUUGGAAAAGUGCCUGGCCCGCGUCAAUCGGCAGCUGAUGCGCCACAAGAUCCUGCUGGUGCUCGAUGACCGCGGUCGCAUUUCGUGCCACAAGGUCAACCUAUGCUUCAUGUACUUCGAUGCCACGCAGUGUGUGAGCUUCCUGAACGAGUUCCUGGAACACACGGAGCAGACGGGCGGCGAUGCCAUCAAGGCGGGCUGGGAGGCCAAGCUGGACAUUGACCUCAACGAUAUUGUCAUACAGGGCAGCCAGCCGGUGCGAAUGCCCCGCAAGCAGGAGCGCGGCAUGCAGCUGUUCCUGCGCUACGGAUCCCGCUGGGGCAUGGAGGCGCUCAGGGGCCUGGUGGACGUGACCCCCCUGGAGCCGGGACGCCACUGCGGACAGUUCCAGUGCCCCUGCCAGUACAUCAAAGAGCACCUGCAGUGCAAACCGCGAGGCAAGUUCAAGUGUUGCAAUUUAGUCCACUGGGUGAUGGCAUCUGAGCGCUACGAUAGCGACAACUAAACAACUAAGGCUUGUUGUGAAUGUCUGUGUGCUGUAACUAAAUGAAUUUACCAAGAGGCUUUAUGUUUGAAACCCAUGAAUUUACUACCUACUUUAGCUUGUGCGGGGAGAAAUACCAAUAUGCUAGAGGCAUUAUAAUCUCCCAUGUUUUCUACAUGCUUUCUACAUGUUUUCUACAUACUUUCCUUUUAUGCCAAUGAUCAACUCUCUUUCGUUUCAGAUGUUAGCCCCUAGGGCUAAGGCGAAGUUUGGGGGUCCUUGGUAUCUCUCUCGUUCUAUUCCUAUCUCUUACUCUUCUAUUCUUACCUCCUAAUAUAUAUGUGUGCUAAAUUAACCCAAGAGAAUAUUUAUAAAUUUUUGAUCAACCCCGUUUCUUUCAUGCCUCCCAAAUUGUACACAAAACAGUUGCCAUAAACAGCAUUGGCCAAGUAGUUUGGACCCGAUUCCCCUUGUUUGGUGGCUAGAGAUUUGGCUGGUUGUUGGCCACAGUAGUACACGUAACCAAUCCCCUACACCGAAAUACUAAGCCGUUUCGAUAUUAUUAUUUCAAGACGAUUAUACUGCAUAUUAUAUUUAUCAAAUGCAAGCGAAUGAAUUUCUAACAUAAGUCUUGUACAAAAUUUGUCUAUAUAAAGAACUUAAAUCUAGCUGGUGUCACAAAAAUAAAUGUCAAAAAUAUA